UAAAGUGCAAAAAAGCGGAGCAGGAUUAAAAUGUGCGCGAGAUAUCGAACUUCAUCACCUGAGACCUGAGCAGCGCGCGACACCGAAAUAAGACUCUGAAGAACACCUGAAGCUGCAGGAGUGGAGGAUCUCAGGUGAGGUGGAGAUGAAGAAGUGAAGAGAAAAGAAUAGGUUCCUGCUGCUGAGGAGAGUUCAAGAGAUCAGGAGCCGAAUAAAAGCUGAAGGAACGAACUGAUUUAAAGAGAAGCGCGCAUGUUUCAGUAGAAUGGACGCUGCUAGGUGAUUUCACUGCGCUUCCGGUUCUUAAUCACCUGUCCCGUGUGUGACCAUGAGACGGAUAGGGGUCGCGUGCUCACUGCUGCUGCUGUUGCUUAGCGCGUGCGUGCCGCGGAGCAGCGCGCGAGACGCCGCACAUGGUUCAGGGUUUGACUGCUGCAAGAGCGACAUCCUGCUCCUGCUCGACUCAUCUGGAAGCAUCUCUUACUACGAGUUCUCCCACAUGCUCCACUUCCUGUCUGACUUGUUCCACCCCUUCCAGGUUGGGCGUGGUCACGUCAGGGUGGCGCUAGUACAGGUGGAUACGGAGCCGCAGGUGGAGUUUGACUUUGAUGCCCACAGCAGCCAGAACACCCUGCAGGACGCGCUACUGAGAACACCGCAGCUACGCGGGGACACCAAGACGGAAACCGCGCUGCUGUUGGCUCAGAAGUUACUGCGGCAACAGGCAGGACAGGAAGCUCCGCCCAGAGUGCUCCUGUGGCUGACAGACGGGGUGGAGCCGGGGAACGUAGAGGGUCCAAUCGCAGCGCUGCGUGAAGACGGCGUGACUGUGCUGGCUGUUUGUACUGGACACUCUAAUUUACAGGUGUUUAGCAGAGCUGUGACUCCGCCCAUUGAGCAACACCUCUACUUUGUAGAUCCUGAUUACAUGGACAUCAUCACCAAGGACCUGAGAGAAGCCAUUACAGCGCUGAUCUGCGGUGAGUGUCUGCACGUGCGUGACGUGACUUCCCAUAGUGCCGUGCUGCACUGGCGGCCCGUUCUGAUCGAAGGAUCUGGGUGGUAUGAGCUGCAAUACGGAGAGAUGGAGUGGAGCUUCAUCCCCCAACGAAAACUCAUACUGUCAUCUGAUGACACCAGGACUGUCCUCACUGACCUGGAGCCUGACACACACUACAGUGUGCUGCUCACCGCACACACACCACACACACCACACACACCUCACAGCAAAUCGCUCAGCACCAGUUUCACCACUCUGCCAGAUGUGUUGGGUCCUACUACGGUGCUGGUGUCAGAUUCUGCUCCGGACCGGCUGCGUGUGAGCUGGGCCCCGGUUCGGUCAGGACGGGUGGAGUGGUACCAUGUGGAGUUCGGGCCUAUUCCCAGUGGAGACGUACGCACUGUAAUGUUACCUGCGUCACAGAACAGCGUCCUGCUCACACACCUCCAACCGGACACACACUACCUCAUCACCAUCAGCGCCCUGCACUCCUCUGGCCACCAUGGGGCCAUCUCCAUUAAAGCCUGCACUCAGGAGGUUCUUGCAGCAAUACACGACCUCCAUCUGACCCCCAUCGGCUUCAACUCCGUGAAAGUGGACUGGAAGACUCCGGAGCAAGCGGUGGGGCUUCAGGGUUACUGGGUGAAGUGGGAGACGGCGGAACGCUAUCCAUCUUCAUCCUCUUCAUCGUCAUCAUCACGUUACCUGCCUGCUCAGUCACUGUCCACCAUACUGACUCACCUGACCCCAACGACCCGAGUGUGUGUGGCUCCGGUGUACAGGACGGCACGUGGAGAGGGGCAGUGCUGCACCACACACACCUACACAGCUGCUUCGUGAAAAGAGAGAAGCUUCCAGACUCCAGAGGAAGAAGCGUGACUGGCUUUUGGUGUGCUGUGGAGGAGAAAAAACCCCAUUACAAUUCCCUCAGAAACACUGUCGAGAGGGUUCCUGUUAGCUAACUGGCUACAUUAGCAGUACAUGUUAUGAACAAUUUCUAAGUCUGACUAAAAAUCUUCUGGUUAGCUUGGUGCUCAGCGUUAGAGUUGAAGAGUUGAAAACUAUUUUAAAAAUCUCUCUGAAAUUCUGACCACUAGCUCUGGCUAGUUAAAUAGCUUGCAUUAUGAACAUUUUAAAUUUGACUCACACUUCCUGUCAGAUUAGCUCAUGCUAGCUAGCUGCCUAGCAUCAGGGCUUAAGGUUUUAUUCAUUUCACUUUACAUUCCUCAGACAUCUGGAGAGGUUUUCUUAUAUUAGCCAGCUAGCUAGUUAGUGCAGAUGAAUAACUGUAAUGAAUGUCUUAGCAGUACAGGUAAUGGAGUAACGCUGCAUCAUGCAAUAAUAUAACAUCUGCCUUGACAUUGUUUUCAUUUCUGUUUAAAGCGCACAGCAUCAACAUUCAGAGCUACAGAUUUACAGAGCGUAAAAACACAUCUCUGUGAUAUUAUUAAACUGGUGUAAUGGGAGUGAAGUCUGGUGUCCAGGGUCAGCCUGCUGGGGUGGGGUGGGGUGGGGGGUCAUACCAAAGGAGACAAAAAUCUUUAUUUCACAUGUGACGCUGUGAUCUGAAUAAAGCCUUCUGGAUCAAAAGAGGUGAGGGAUGAGGACCAGUCAGAGGUGUGAGAGGUCAAAGGUGAAGGAGCAAACUAAUGAGAGGAAAUGAAUCAUCUCCACAGCUCUAGCUUCAGAUUCUCUCUCUCUCUCUCUUACACACACACACGCCCGAAAUGGCGGAUUGAUUGCAGCGCCGCUUUGCACACACUGCCACCUAGUGGCUGCUACACAGUUACACAAAACGCAAAACGUUGCACGCUGUGAUGGAAAGAGAAGGAAGUUUUAUUUUUCAUCCAAAAAUCCAAGCAGAAUGACCUGAAAAAUGACCAAACAGAUCCAAAGACCAAGAAGUGUUUUUAAUAGUGCUAUAUGGAUGAUUUGUUAGAGAGGUGCAGGUAUCAAAUCUACACUGCCCUUUUAUAAUGGAGACUCCAGCUGCCUGCCUCAUAGCAGGGUCAUGUGCACUGCAGAUGCAGAUGUUAGUUGAGAUGAAGAAGCAGGUUUCUGUGGAAUAAACAUCUGGAGGAUAAAACAC